AUGGGUCUACGCGUAUGGUUGAAUCGAGUGCGUCAAUUGUUCAUAUUCUCCGUUGUGGCGUUCGCUUCGAAUUUUGAGAACGGAUUUUCCACCACCUACUUGAAUACACCAGUUGAACAAUUCAAAGCUUAUCUGAACGAGUCCUACUCGAGAAUGGGCAAGACUAUGACAAAACCGAUCUACGCAAUGAUGUGGAAUUCAAUUUUAAACAUUUGGUUUGUUGGCUUCUUCAUCGGAAUCUGGUUCAGUCCGAUUCUCAAUGACAGAUUUGGACGAAAAAUUGGCUUCCUGAUCGGCUGCGGAGUGGCACUGUUGGGUGCAAUUCUGCGACUUCUCGCCAUCUGUCUGUAUCGGCCAGAACUUCUUAUCGCCGGUAGAUUUGUUACGUCGAUGUGUGAGGCGAUUACCUAUCAAUCGUGCAUCCUCUAUCUUCAGGAAUCUUCACCAACGCAUCAACGAGGCACAAUGACAUUUCUGAGCGAGAUCUCGUACUCUUUGAUGUGCUUGGUUGGAAUGUUGCUAGGCACUCGUCAACUGCUCGGCGACAACCUGGUGGCUUUAAUGGCAUUUCCCAUACCAUUCUGUACAUUUUUCUUCACUGCAUUGUUUUUUCUGCCGGAAACGCCGAAAUUUCUUCUUAUUGCUCGUUCAAAUCGGGUAGAAGCCGAGCGCUCCCUUAGGUUCUACCAUGGAUCGGAUUCUGAUGUGAAUGAGGUCAUCAAAGAGAUGGUGAUGGAAGCUGAAGAUGAAAUGGAGCCGGCUGCUGCAUCGUGCGGCUCUGUCAAGGAGAUCUUCACCGAGCCGCAUUUGAGAAGAGCUGCACUUCUAAGUAUCUCCGCUCUGCAGAACACUGUGGCAUUCUGGUCAAUGCUGCUUUCGUCGACGUACUUCCUUGAAAAAAUCGGACUUCAUCAGGCUGUAGCCUCGUGGUGCAGUACCGCUAUGGCCCUGGGCUACAUAGUUGGUACUGUGGCAGGUUCAAUAUGGAUUGAAAAGCUCGGUCGUCGCACCAUUCUGCUUUCUUUCACCGUCGUCGAUAACGUGCUACUGGUGUUGUAUGUGGUGUGCUCUGAACUCGGUCCAGUUGUGGAAUCGUUCAAAUUCGGCUGUCUUGGGCUACUCAUCAGUUACGCUUUCGUCUAUGGAAGCGGUGUCGGUCCGAUUUCGUGGUUUAUCUCAUCGGAACUAGUGCCGCAAAAAUAUCGCAGUUUGAUGCAGUCCAUCAGCUACGCUGUGAACACUGUGAUCGUGGUCGUGCUCAGCUUCUCCGUCCUUCCGCUUUACGGUGUUAUCGGAUCAUAUGCAUUCCUUAUCCUCUACACUGUUCCGUCAACAGGAGCCAUUGUCAUUCUCUAUAAGUGUUUACCGGAGACCAAAGGCAGAGAAAUACACGAGAUUGUUGCUGAAUUACGAGGAAAGACGAAGUCAAGUUGA